AUUACACGUGUGCUGUUCGGCUUGCCAGGCUACGCUGAUGUGUUUUGAAUUUUGUCUCAAACGCCCAAAUUUAAAGGACGCGUUUCGUUACAAAAUAUCAUUGGCUUUAAACAGUCACGUUGCCCCUGUAUGUAAAUUAGCGGCCAUAUUAGUCAAACCCUUUCUUUCAUUCUGUUAGGAGACAAAGUAGUAAAAGGAGGCGGUUUUUGGAGCUUUCUUUUCUUUUGCAGCUUUCCUAACUCAUUUGUUUUGCUUUUUAACAUUUUAUUGUUUUCUUUUCAUUCUCCUGCUAAAUCAGUACUCCCAUAUAUUUACACAAAUUUGCAAGAAAAAAGGCGCUUUUUAAAUCAGCAGUGUCCUCGUGUAUUUUGUUUUUUAUAUUACAAAAGUGUUAAACAACGUUUAUUUUAAGUUUAUAUUUUUAUCUGCUGUAAAAAAAAAAAUUAAAAUUUAUUUUUGCAUCUCUGCCGGUUGGCUCUUUUGUCUGCCUUACUUGUCUCUUUUGUUACAAUGGCGACGGCAACUUCCACCCCAGCCGGGCAAAGAAUAAGCAGCCGCUCCAGCGCUGGAAGCACCCCUUUGAGUCCUACCAGGAUAAGCCGGUUGCAGGAGAAAGAUGAUUUGAGGAACCUGAACGACCGUCUGGCAAUCUACAUUGACAAGGUGCGGAGCUUGGAAUCAGAAAACAGCGUCUUGCAGUUGCAGAUCUCCGAGAAAGAAGACGUACGGAGUCGGGAGCUCACCGGCUUGAAGUCCCUCUAUGAAAACGAGCUCGCAGACACGAGGAGAUCCCUGGAUGAUACAGCCAGAGAAAGAGCCAAGCUGCAGAUUGAACUGGGCAAGAUCAAAACGGAGCACGAGCAACUGCUGCAAAACUAUGCAAAGAAAGAGGCCGAACUUAAUGGAACCCAAGCCAAGCUUCAAGACAUGGAGGCGUCCCUCAACUCCAAAGAGGCCGUCCUGGCCACAGCGCUGUGCGACAAGAGAUCCCUGGAGGCCAGCCUGGAAGAUCUGCAAGAUCAAAUUUCACAACUGGAGACUGGGAUGGUGACUGCAAAAAAGCAGCUGGGAGAGGAGACCCUCCUGAGAGUGGACCUGGAGAACCGCUGCCAGAGCCUCAGUGAGGAGCUGGAGUUCCGCAGGAACGUGUAUGAAGAGGAGAUCAAGGAAACUCGCAGAAGUCACGAGACACGGAUGGUGGAGGUGGAUUCUGGUCGUCAGAUGGAGUAUGAGUUCAAGCUGGCCCAGGCACUGUCUGAGAUGAGAGAACAGCAUGACCUGCAAGUGAAAAUCUACAAGGAUGAGAUGGAACAGACUUACCAUGCAAAGGUGGAGAACGCCAGGCUGUCCUCGGAGAUGAACAGCAGCGCAGCCAACAUGGCCCAGGAGGAACUGAAGGAGACCCGCCUGCGGGUAGAGAGCCUGUCGGCCCAACUUGAAACCCUGCAGAGAGAGUCGAGAGGGUGGCAGGAUAGGAUCAAUGAGCUGGAGAAUGCACUGGCAAGGGAGAGGGAUACCAGCCGCAGAGUCCUGGCUGAGAGCGAGCGAGAGAUUGCGGAGAUCCGGGAGAAAAUGCAGCAACAACUGAACGAGUACGAGCAGCUGCUAGAUGUGAAGCUAGCCCUGGACAUGGAGAUCAACGCCUACAGGAAGCUACUAGAGGGAGAGGAGGAGAGACUCCGGCUGUCUCCUAGCCCCUCAUCCCGGGUAACAGUGUCUCGUGCCUCUUCAAGCCGCAGUGUGCGCACAACUCGCGGCAAGAGAAAGCGUGUCGAUGUGGAGGAGUCUGAGGCCAGCAGCAGCGUCAGCAUCUCCCAUUCAGCCUCUGCCACAGGCAGCAUCUGUAUUGAUGAGCUGGAUGUUGACGGGAAAUUCAUCCGUUUGCAAAACACAGCAGAGACGGAUCAGCCAAUGGGAGGUAUGGAGCUGAUUAGAACAAUUGGAGAAACCUCAGCCACUUACAAGUUUACCUCAAAAUAUGUUUUGAAGGCUAACCAGAAGGUCACAAUCUGGGCUUCCAAUGCUGGAGUUGGAGCCAGACCUCCUACAGACCUUAUCUGGAAAAACCAGAGCUCCUGGGGUACUGGGGAAGAUGUGAAAGUUGUUCUGAAGACUUCUCAGGGAGAGGAAAUUGCUCAGAGGACCACUGUCUUUCAAACCACUGUUCCAGAGGAGGAUGAGGAAGAUGUGGUUGAAGUGAGUGAGGAAGGCCUUUUCCACGAGCAGGGAGAUCCAAGGGCAUCCAACAGAAGCUGUUCAAUUAUGUGAACAUCAACUAUACUUCCUGUAUUAUGGUGUGGUUUUUUUGUUUUUAAAAAUUAAGCUGCCUACAUCAGACCUUCCUCAGAAAUAAUACAUAUUUUUGUACCUUUUUUAUGUUGGACUGUUAUUUGUAAAAACCAUGGUUCUAGAACCUGUUUUUUUAUUUGCUUUACAGUUUAUUGUACAACACUAAAGCACACAGUUUGUUUUUAUUUUACUGGUAAUGUGAAUCAAUUGCUUAACCUCACUACAUUUGACAGUUUUGUACAAAUUGAUUUAACUGAGUAGUUUUAAUGUGUAGUUUAGGACUAUAGCAAAAGCCUUCUACAAUGACUGGGCAGUUUGCCGUUUAAAAUUGACACGGUUACUCGUGUUGAGGUGCUGUGAAUUUUUUCAAUUACUUUUACUUUAAAGAUUUUUUUUUUCUUUUAAAUUGUUUGAAGGCUGUUAUUUUGGGUAAUUAGGUGGGUAAACUGAAGGAUAGAAUCUGAUUUUAGUGUGAUGUGUACAUUAGCUAGGCAGGGAACUGCAGUUUUGAAAUUUUAGACAGUAUCCUUUUUACAAGUGAAAAUAAAUGUAUUUAACUUUUA